CCUUACCUCACGUAAAUGCACUUUUUUCCCACCAUCCGAUAACUGGACCAUUCGCAUCUGUGUUCAUGUACGUAAACUUCGAAGGUCAUGUGACAUCCCCCGAAGCAUGCGUCUGUAAACACGCUUUAACGCCUCGCCGCUCAGCCCCUGAACUUUGCUCGCACCCGUCCGCUUAAAAAACCCAGCGGACCGGACCACUCGCCACAUUUUGCGCCACAAUGACUACAUUUGAUGACAUCUUGGAAGAAGUCGGCAAAUUCGGCCGCUGCCAGAAGCGCAUCUUCGCCCUGCUCUGCCUGGUGUCAAUGCCGUGGGCCGGCGUCUACGUAGGCAUCGUCUUCCAGGGUUUCACGCCGGACCACUGGUGUCGGGAGGGCACGGUGGAGCAGUGGAGGCGGACGUGCGGACGCAGCCCGGCCGACGGCCGGCGGCUGACGUCGCCGCUGGUUAACGUGUCGGGCGAGCUGCAGUACAGCGGUUGUGAGCAGUAUGAUGUGGACUGGAACGCCACGCUCACCUGCGACACCAAGGAAAUUGACCUGAGCGGGUUGCCCGUCAAGCCCUGCGCCAGCGGAUGGGAGUAUGACUACGAGGGGAGGCGUUCGUUUGUCACUGAGUUUGACUUGGUGUGCUCCGACGCCUGGUUGAUGGACAUGUUCCAGGCCAUGCUCAACGUGGGCUUCCUGCUGGGAAGCAUCGCCAUCGGCUACCUGGCCGACAGGUUUGGCAGGAAAUUGAGCUUUGUGAUGUCCAACGUGUUUAAUGGUGUGGCGGGCAUCCUGGUGGCCUUGGCGCCCAACUACGUGUCCAUGCUGAUCUUCAGGGUGCUCUUCGGGUUUGGCGUGAAAGGCGGAUGGAUGGCGGGAUAUGUGCUGAUCACGGAGAUCGUGGGGGUGGAGUCAAGGCGCACGGUGGGCGUUUUGUACCAGAUGUUCUUCAGCGUGGGCCUGCUGGUGCUUCCGCUGCUGGCCUACUUCAUCACCGACUGGCGCUGGCUGCAGGUGGUCAUCACUAUGCCCUACUUCGUUUACAUCAUCUACUACUGGUUCAUCCCGGAAUCUCCAAGAUGGCUUCUAUCGCAGAACAGGAAGUCCCAAGCUGUAGCGAUCACAGAGGCAAUGGCCAAAGAGAACAACAGGACUCUGACCAAAAACCUUGAGACUCUGGCAGACGACAACGCCGACUCGUCGGCCAAAGCUUCCUUGAUGGACCUGAUCCGAACGCCCAACAUGAGGAAGCACACCUUGAUACUCAGUUACAACUGGUUCACCAGUGCGGUGGUCUACCAGGGCCUGAUCAUGCGUCUGGGCAUCAUGGGAGGAAAUGUUUACAUCAGCUUCCUGAUCUCUUCCCUGAUGGAGUUCCCCGCUGCCUUCCUCAUCCUCUUCACCAUCGAGCGCGUUGGCCGCCGCCUCCCCUUCGCCGCCGCCAACGCCGUGGCCGGAGCUGCCUGCUUCAUCGCGGUCUUCCUUCACGAUGGUUGGUUGAGGACGACUGUGGAGUGUGUGGGCCGGCUGGGCAUCACCAUGACAUUUGAGAUGGUCGUCUUCGUCAACACUGAACUCUAUCCAACUUUUGUCAGGAAUCUGGGCGUGUCUGUGUGUUCCACGCUGUGCGACGUGGGCGGUAUCGUGGCUCCCUUCCUGCUCUACCGGCUGGCCGUCAUCUGGUUGGAGCUGCCCCUCAUCAUCUUUGGCUUCCUGGCGUUCCUAGCUGGCGCUUUGGUCUUGAUGCUACCGGAAACCCGCGGGGUCCCACUGCCCGACACCAUUGAUGAUGUGGAACAUCCAGAAAAGAUGAAGCACAAAGCGGCGGAGCAGCACCAGUUUUCAACCAGGCUUCUCCCAAACACCAACGGCAACAUUUCCGCCACGCAAGACCCCGCAAGUGUUUGAGCUCCUUCUCUGAAUCUGUAUUAUUUAUUUAUACUCGAAACGACAUUUGUAUAUUUGUGACGACAAGACAAAGACUCUCGCGAUUUAGUCAGACGAUCUUGUGUGCCGCAUGCCGUCGUGGCUGCUCUGUCAAAUUCCUCCCCUUUCUUUCAAGGAUUAAACUAGAAGGACAACUUUGCGUAUCUUGUAAACACCUUUCCGUUUGUGAUCAUGAGGGUCCUCUUGUUCCGCCACAGCUGCAGUUUGCAAAAUGUCAGUUUUAGGGAAUAAACAAGAAAGACAACU